CUCAAAUGCUGCUCUACUAUCGGACACCAUGUGCACACCACUCUACAGAUCGUUUUGAACCGGCAAGAUAUGAGCAUCGUCACCUCGUUUCAUUCUUCAGUUCUACUUGAACUCUGUUUGGAUUAGAAAUAUCACACGAAGUUUAGACAAAAAUAUGUUAGAUUCCCUAAUCGGGCCAUUGUGCAUAAUCCUGUUCCUGCUUCUAAUGUGCGCCUUCGCGUACUGUUUGAAGACAUGUUUGGAGUGGAUUGUGAAACUGAUAAGUGGGAAUUGCAUUCGAAGACGUUCGACGGUGAUCAAUGUUCUCGUAAUCGAAGUGGAACCAGCGCAGGAUCGGGAGCAGCUAGUACCCAAGAAGAAUGCCACUCCCGAUUUGCAAGCACCAUCGGCAGAAGACAGUGACUUGGCGCAGCAAGAAAAGCAAACUGAACUAUCGGAAAGGUGUGAUAAUUUGAUGCAUUUGUUGGAAGGUACUGGAGAAAAUAUAAAUUUUAGCUUUUAGCCAGUAGACAAGUGAACUAAUGUGAUUAAAUUCGAUGGAUAAUUCUCCAUAUCCUUGGAGAUUCGUCUCAAACAUAGUUCACGACGACUCAUGUUCAUGUACGCAUCGUAAAUCGAUCAUCGUAUCAUAAAAAUGUUAUAUAAUUUCCCGAAAAAUAAAUGAACUUUGUUUCUACAAGUUUGACAAUGAUAUCAA